AUGGCUUACUCACAGAUAUCUCAAUCCCAGGACUCCUGUAUUGAUUCAGAUAUAGGUCUGAAUUUCACCUCCGACCCUUCCUAUCCAGAUAAUAUUUCCGACUUUAUCGGCAGCCAAACCCCAUUGACAUCUUUUUCGCAAACCCAAACUCCAGUUGCACCAACAUCUCUUAUCCGUCUUGGUCCUUAUCUACAAAAGCACUGGAUCCCAUAUCCUUCUGACUCUAGCUACGGCAAUAUGGAAGAAACUCGAAAGAAGUUUGUAGACUGGUGGCUUACUACUGAGUUCGGAUCGCAACCUCAGACAAGAAAAGAAAUUCACUGGGAAGGAAAAGCAACUUCCGAUGUCUGGGAUAGCUUCCAACAAGUUGCACACGAGAAAAGUGGGAAGCCUAGGGUAAUGUGUAAAUCAUGUCUCUGUACCAUCGGUCAUCCACGCUUCCGUCGAGCAGGGUCAUCACCUAUGAAUGCGCAUCUAAAGACAAGUACUUGUCCCCGAAAACCGACCCCAAAGAAAGGUAUUGAUCAACUUGUAAAGGAAAUGCCUAGUGGCCCAGCAAAACAAUCCUUUUCCCAAGAUCAACUCUCGAAGGCUAUACUUAGCUUUAUCACUACUGCCCAUCUACCCUUUCGUUUAAUUGAACAUCCCCAGUUCCGCAAUUUGUUCGACAUUAUUCAACAAGCUUCAACCAAGAUUACUGUUCCAUCUGCACGGACAAUUCGACGUUGCCUAGACUUGGUUGUCUCCGAGAAUCAGAAACAGACCCUUGCAAAGCUACCUAAUGGAAGCCGUUUGUCAAUUGCACUCGAUUGCUGGACAUCACCAUUCCAGCAGGCAUUUAUGGCUGUUACCGGAUAUUUUCUUGAUCAAAAAUGGAACUACUGUGAGGUUCUGCUUGGAUUCGAGCAUCUUCAUGGAUCCCACACCGGAGAGAAUCUCAGUAAAACUGUCACUCAGCUACUUGCCGAUCAUGGGAUCUCCGACCGGGUACUGUCAGUCACAACUGACAAUGCAACAAAUAACAAUACAUUGAUGACUGGUGUCCAAGAUACUCUCCAAGCACAGUGCAGCCGACGGUCUGAUCCUUUAAUCUUCCGGGUCCCAUGUACUGUACAUGUGAUCCAGCUUAGCUUAACAGAGCUUCUUGGAAAGCUUAAGGCAGCCCCGUCCAAUAAACAGAUUGAUUUGGAGUGGUCGGAUGAAAGAACACAAUCCUUUCAGAGCAAACGAUCCAGCAAUCAUGUUCAGAUCACCGAGACUCUAAGAAAGAUUCGAGGUCUUGCGGUUUUUAUUAAUGCAAGUCCUCGGCGUCGGGAGGCAUUUAUGGCCUUACAGACUACAGACACUCCUUUGAUUCCUAUCCAAGAUGUUCAAACCCGGUGGAAUUCAACCUUCCUGAUGCUUAACCGUGCUAAGCGACUACAACGAUUCUACGAUCAGUACUGUAUAGACCAUCAGUAUCUUCAUUUCAAGCUUGAUCAGGAAGAAUGGCGACAGGUGGACUAUCUUCUUCUCCUCACAAAACCCUUUUUCGACUUUACAACUGUACUGUCACAGACUAAAGAUAUCACUGUACACAAUAUCUUUAGUAUUUACAACAAACUCUUCUCCCAUCUCGAUACAGCAGAGUCAAAGCUGAAAAAUAAAGGUGUUAUCUGGAAAAGGCAUAUGCUCCAGGCUCUACCGACCGCCAAAACCAAACUGUCAAAGUACUACACUGCUACCGAUUACGAGCCAUACGGGGAUAUCUACGCAUUUGCUACAAUUCUUUGCCCAUCCAAAAAACUCCGGUACUUCUCUUCCUCUGAUUGGCAAGGGGAUAUUGACUAUGUUAAACACUACCAUGAAGUUUUAAAACACGAGUUCGACCGGUAUAAGGCUAGACUCUAUGAGGGUCUUGAGAGUACUGCUUUGGAGGAUCCAUCCGGAGAGUCUGCUGAUGAUAGUGACUACGAUUUGGAUGCUAUCUGUGCCUCUCAGAAUCAAAUACCUGAAGAAACAAUACUGCCCCAGGAUGAUGAGAUUGCCAGAUAUCUUGCCCGCGGUAUCGAGAGGCAAAAACCUCGAGUAUAUUGGAAAGAGCAUGAGAGUGAUUUUCCUAUCCUGGCAAAUAUGGCACGCGAUAUCCUGUCGAUUCCUGCUAGCGGUGCUGGUGUUGAGCGAUUGUUUAAUUGUGCCCGCGAUAUCUGCCAUUAUCGCCGUGGUCAGCUGAAACCAAGUACAGUCCGAGCGCUUAUGCUUCAUCAGUUUGCUACCAAUUUCGAUCUUAAGCAGGAGGAGCUGGAUGCUAUCAAAGAAUAUCUCUCCGACAGUGAGGCUGCACUGAUGGAUCAAGCCCGUAAACCAUCGCCUCCGCUUGAAAUAUUGGAACCAAUUAGUGACAAUAAGGAGGAUGAAGAUCCUGGGGUAGAGGAUAUACAGCAGUGUAUACAGGGUGCUGGGGAAGAUGAUUUGGAUAAUACUGAGCAACAUAGGCGGGGAAAGGGAAGACAAUCAAGAAAGCGGUCAUCUGAUGAUCUUGGUGAGCAAGAAGACGAUGGCGCCCCAGAUGUAUCAAUAGAAUCCUCCCAGAUGCGACCGGGGCGAGCUCGGAAGCAGCCAAGACUGCCAGACGGGUUUGAGCUUCUUUAG